AUGCGUUCCAAUAGUGUGUUUUCGCUCUCUAAAAUAAUAAUAUUUUAUAUUGCAGGGGCUCACUCAGUAACAUUUACAUUCACAAACAAUUGUCCUUACACUAUUUGGCCGGGAACCCUUACUGGCGGUGGUGGCACUCAAUUAUCGUCAACUGGAUUCGAGUUAGCAUCUAAAGCUUCAUCGUCCCUUGAUGCGCCAGCCUCAUGGUCAGGCAGGUUUUGGGCGCGGGCUUUUUGCUCCAUGAACGCUGGUGGAAAGUUCACAUGUCAGAGUGGCGACUGUGGCUCUGGCCAGAUAAGUUGUAAUGGUGCCAGUGCAAUCCCACCGGCAACCCUAGUAGAAUUAACCCUAGCAGGCUACAAUGGACAAGAUUUUUAUGACAUUAGCCUAGUGGAUGGCUUCAACUUACCGGUUUCUGUCAUCCCAGUAGGCGGAUCCAGUAACUGCAACCCCACGACAUGCCCGGUCGAUGUCAAUGCCGAAUGUCCGCCAGAACUUGCCUUGAAAAAUUUAGAUGGUGCCACAAUUGGUUGCAAGAGUGCAUGCCUAGCAUUGAAUCAGCCACAAUAUUGUUGCACCGGGGCUUUUGGCUCACCAGAGACUUGUCCACCCACUGACUAUUCAAAGUAUUUGAAAGGAAAGUGUCCAUUGGCUUAUAGUUAUGCCUAUGAUGACAAAACUAGCACUUUUACUUGCACUGGUGGACCUAACUAUGCCAUUACAUUCUGUCCAUGAGAAAUAGCAGAGUGGAGAGAAAUAUUUGUUUAGAAAGAAUAUUUUUGUAUGUCCACAGUGUUUUUUUUUUUUUGUUUUUGUUUUGUUUUGUGGGGGGCUUGUAGUUAUUCUUUAAUGUCAAGUUGUUUUUUUUUUUUUGAAGUAUUAUGAAAAUUAUGAAUUUUAAUUAUUGUACCAUUACUACAACUUCAACUUGUUCUUUGCUACACUUUUAGCUAAAAACAACUUAUUUUAUUAUGUUUAAUA